GAUGACCAGAGACUGCGGACACAGUACAGGAGAUGACCAGAGACUGCAGACAUAGUACAGGAGAUGACCAGAGACUGUGGACAUAGUACAGGAGAUGACCAGAGACUGCAGACACAGUACAGGAGAUGACCAGAGACUGCGGACACAGUACAGGAGAUGACCAGAGACUGCGGACAUAGUACAGGAGAUGACCGGAGACUGCAGACAUAGUACAGGAGAUGACCAGAGACUGCGGACAGUACAGGAGAUGACCAGAGACUGCGGACACGGUACAGGAGAUGAACAGAGACUGCAGACAGUACAGGAGAUGACCAGAGACUGCGGACACAGUACAGGAGAUGACCAGAGACUGCGGACAGUACAGGAGAUGACCAGAGACUGCGGACACAGUACAGGAGAUGACCAGAGACUGCGGACACAGUACAGGGGAUGACCAGAGACUGCGGACAUAGUACAGGAGAUGACCAGAGACUGCGGACACAGUACAGGAGAUGACCAGAGACUGCGGACACAGUACAGGAGAUGACCAGAGACUGCAGACACAGUACAGGAGAUGACCAGAGACUGCGGACACAGUACAGGAGAUGACCAGAGACUGCGGACA